AUGGCCACCGACCUCAGCGCCGCCUCCAUCCCUUGCCGGCCUCGUGCUGCUACUUCUGUGUUGCCGGCGAUGGUGCCACCUUUGCCCUCCGGUCCAACUCGAGGCGCCAGUAUGGCUUCUGCUAGCCCCUCUCAUUACUCGACAAGUCCGCCGCUCGGAUUUAGUGAACCCGGUAUCACCAGCACUGCCCAGGGGCCGUUGCGACACCCGAAACCUCUUACACCCUCAGAUCUUCAUUUGGUACUGGAGAAGGAGCAGGAGGCAAUGGUCAACCGGUUAACUAGAGAGCUCUCCCUUCUCCGCCAACAGACUGCAUCCGUAACAUCAACAACAUCCUCUGCCUCAAACUUCACCGAGCCGGAUGGGAUACACGCGUCCCCGUCGCUGAGCAGCUCAACCAAUUCCCAAGUUUCCCGGCGACAUCGAUCCUCUUCCAGUCUCAGUUCUUAUACCCCCGCAGCCCAAGGUGCGCAAGCCGCUAGCGUGACGGGGAUUGCCCCGUCUCGCGACGCCAGCCAUCCGUCGCGACCAACUGAUCACCCUCUCCCUCGCACGAUGCGGAGUCGCGAGACGUCUUUGACCUCUCGUCGCCCCUCCGUCGGGUCUCUAUCUUCCUUCUCACAACAUCCCCAUGGCGAUCAGCUAUCCCAUUACGGCAGCCCAUCGAUCUACCCCCAUCGAAACUCUAUUUCACAAACCCAUCUCGGGUUGUCGAGCAACGCUGUCUCCAUGGCACGCUACGAGGAGGCUACCACACAUAGAUCGGAGCUGGAAUCCGUGAAGCGGGAGAAUGAGCAGUUACGGAAGCGUGUGCGGGAGCUGGAGCAUACACUGAAGAAGCAGAAGGAGGCGGAGUCAUCGCCUGUAGAGUGA